AGGAAGAGAAAACAUAUGUAUAUAUGUAUUUCAGAACUUUUCUUAAAGACUUCUUUGUCUACGUUACAUAACAGCCUCUUUAUAACUAACACAGAGAGGUUAUUAUUUAAAGGGCGUAGAUCCAAAAAGAGGGGUCCGGAGCUGGGAGGCAGGCCAGGGCGAGGCGGCACCCCCUCCCGCCUAGGUGGUACGUUCCCAUCGAGGUCGCGCAGUCUAGCCUUGCCGGGCGGUCGCUUCGGGCUAAGGAGACAACUUAGCUGGCUCGAAGAUGCUGCUACAGCCGCGAUUGCUCCGCCGCCUCCUGCUGGUCCGCCCCUGGAGCGGGGCCAGGCCUUGAAGGACCUGAAGGGCAGGACGGAAGCCAUCCCCUGUGUGGUGGGUGACGAGGAGGUGUGGACAUCGGACGUGCAGUACCAGGUGUCGCCUUUUAACCAUGGACACAAGGUAGCCAAGUUUUGUUAUGCGGACAAGGCCCUGCUCAACAAGGCCAUCAAGGCCGCCUUGGAUGCCAGGAAAGAAUGGGACCUGAAACCUGUCGCAGACCGGGCCCAGAUCUUCCUGAAGGCAGCAGACAUGCUGAGUGGGCCACGCAGGGCCGAGAUCCUUGCCAAGACUAUGGUGGGGCAGGGUAAGACUGUGAUCCAAGCCGAGAUUGAUGCUGCUGCCGAGCUCAUUGACUUCUUCCGAUUCAAUGCCCAGUUUGCAAUGGAGCUGGAAGGAGAGCAGCCCAUCAGCGUGCCACCCAGCACCAACCGCAUGGUGUACCGGGGGCUGGAGGGCUUCGUGGCGGCCAUCUCGCCUUUCAACUUCACUGCGAUUGGUGGCAACCUGGCAGGGGCACCGGCCCUGAUGGGCAACGUGGUCCUGUGGAAGCCCAGUGACACGGCCAUGCUGGCCAGCUAUGCUGUGUACCGGGUCCUCCGGGAGGCCGGCCUGCCCCCCAACAUCAUCCAGUUUGUACCAGCUGACGGGCCUGGUUUUGGAGACACUGUCACCAGCUCAGAGCACCUCUGCGGCAUCAACUUCACAGGCAGCGUGCCCACCUUCAAACACCUGUGGAAGCAGGUGGCCCAGAACCUGGACCGGUUCCGCACCUUCCCACGCCUGGCCGGAGAGUGUGGCGGGAAGAACUUUCACUUCGUGCACCGCUCAGCCGACGUGGACAGCGUGGUGAGCGGGACACUGCGCUCGGCCUUUGAGUACGGUGGCCAGAAGUGCUCGGCCUGCUCGCGCCUCUACGUGCCCAGCUCGCUGUGGCCGCAGAUCAAAGGGCGGCUGCUGGAGGAGCACAGCAGGAUCAAAGUGGGCGAUCCCGUGGAGGAUUUUGGGACCUUCUUCUCCGCAGUGAUUGAUGCCAAGUCCUUUGCACGCAUCAAGAAGUGGCUGGAGCAUGCUCGCUCCUCACCCAACCUCUCCGUCCUGGCUGGGGGCAAAUGUGAUGACUCAGUGGGCUACUUUGUGGAGCCCUGCAUCGUGGAGAGCACGGACCCUCAGGAGCCCAUCAUGAAGGAGGAGAUCUUUGGGCCCGUGCUCACUGUGUACGUCUACCCGGACGACAGGUACAGAGAGACCCUGCAGCUUGUUGACAGCACCACCAGCUACGGCCUCACGGGGGCAGUGUUUGCCCAGGAUAAGGACUUCGUCCAGGAAGCCACCAAGAUGCUGAGAAACGCUGCCGGCAACUUCUACAUCAAUGACAAGUCCACUGGCUCCGUGGUGGGCCAGCAGCCCUUUGGGGGAGCCCGAGCCUCUGGAACCAAUGACAAGCCAGGGGGUCCCCACUACAUCCUGCGCUGGACAUCGCCCCAGGUCAUCAAAGAGACCCACAAGCCCCUGGGAGACUGGUGCUACUCAUAUAUGCAGUGAGCCCUGUUCAUUGCCUCCACUGUCCACCUGUCUGUCCAUCCAGAUGACUGACCUUACUGCACUGACCCCGCUCUGCUCCUCCACAGGCUCCUUAUUGACAGCGGCCCUUCUAGAGCCAAGCUUGGUCUCUCCUGCCAUUUGUCCAUAUCCCAGCCCCUCCUGUCACCAGUGUCAGGUGCCCAGGCUCUAGUUUGAGGACAUGUUGGGGAAGAAAGGCCCACUGACCCCUUUUCCCAUCAGCCACGUUAGAAACCUAACAGAUACAACCCUGGUACCUGGCUGGUUCUCCAUCAGUCUGCUUCCCUCUCCCCAUGCUGAGCCUGGUGGCUCAGGGACCUGAGGAAUGGAGAGGGAGCACCUCUGGAUGCCCUGUGGGGAAAGGAGGCAGCUCCAGGCCCCGUGACAACCUCAUCACUUACAGAGGCUCCUGGCUGUGGCCAGGGGUGGCCUGCAGGGUACAGGGGACACAGCUGCCUCGCCCUCUGUAGUUUGGGCUGCCCCCUUUCACACUCUAUCUGUCCAGCCCUCCUGUGGCCAGCUAUAUGCCUUAGAUACUACGUGCCUUCCCCCCUGUACCUGUGUUCCCUAAAGGCCCAUGGCCCUUCUGGCCACCUGCCAAGGUGUGAGAGGUGACGGUCCUCCCAGGCCGGUUGUGAUUUUGGAAAUUUGGGUCACCUCUUCUCUGUUGGGCUAUCCCUCAGCUCUCCUGGUCCUGCCUCUAGAGAUGUCUGUCCCCAGAGCCCACAUAGGGCCUGGAUUCCCUUGCAGGGAUUCAGCUCAGCCCAGGCUGACAUUGCUGGCCCCUUCUCCCUGUUCUGAGACUCAGCUGGGCCAACUGUCAGCUUUGGACUCCUCAGUGGGUUAGUGGCUCUGAGUGACGGGCCGGCCCCUCAGAGGCCUGUUCUUUGCCGGAUGCAGCCAGCGAGUAGCUGGGGAAACCCCUCACUGGGUGGGUUCUGAGUGGUCAGAACCUGUGAGGUGUGACUUUCCAGGAUGCUACUGAGGGGCUGAGUGCUGGUCCCACAGAGCUGGUGUGGCCACACCCAAGUGCCCAUUUCACACCAUGGCACACAGUCUGGGGUGGGUCCAGUGCCACCUUGGCCGGAAGUGGGCUCUGUUUCCUUCCGAGCUCUGUGUCAUUUCCCAUGGUAGGCUGGGUGGGGGGCACAGGCUGGAGGUUUUUCUACUGAUUCUGUCUACACUGUGAGGUAGCAGCUGGGCACUCCCCGUGCCACCAAUAAAAUUCCUGUUACCUAUCAAA